CUUUUUUCAUUUUUUUUUUUUUUCGCUUUUCAUUUAUUAUUUUUAUUUUACUUCUUCACUUACACAAUAUAUUUUAAAUACCCUUUGAUGUUCAAUUAGCGUUUAAAGUUGUUCGUUCUGUUGGGGCAUCGGCGUUCCUUUGAUCUUGCUUGGAAAUUGGUGGGCGCUUCAUGUUGACCGCUUCCUGGAAGCCCAAAAAUUCGUUGCGGGACCUAUUUUUGGGAAUGGAAGAAUCGACGUUUGUUUACACAUAUCGAUGGAACAAGAGUUAAAUAGGAGACGGGGAAUUGAAACUUACAAUGGAGUGACAAAUGAGGUCGUUCAAUACGAAUAUAGAAGGGAAAGGUGAGGGCACCUUGAAGAUAAAAAGAAAAGAUAUAAACAGCGAACAAAUAAAAUCCAUACGAACUAAUUUUGAGAAUCCCGCCCUCCUGGAGAGCUUUCAGCCAUGGCACUAUGAUGCUGUCCAAUUUUUGCCUAUUUGCAUGCAGCGCUGGUGGUUUCAGGAUGUGCUGCUAAAAUCCUCCCCCCGCGUCAGGAUAGUUGGUGGAAAAAUCUCCGUGGACUCGGUAUAUCAGUAUCUACUUUAAUUGUCCUGCGCAAUUCGGAUCCAUCGCAACUCCUCGUCUUCCAGGCGGCAUAUUGCCGCAAACGAAGAUUGCAGUCCAUCAUAUAUACCCUUCGACCUGGAUCCGCUACUGGUGGACUCUUGGGGGUCUUGAUGCCCAAUAGUACAGUCUCCAUAGACGUAGUAUUUGUAAGAUAAUUUUGUCCUUGUUUCUUGUUUUGACCUGGUCGUGGACUCGUGGUUGCUUGCGCUAACUAUGCCCGCCCGACAAUUGCUAGCUAGCCGUCGCGCUGAACCAAGGGUGGUGGGUGAUGGUCACCGAUUACGAAGGGCUACAUGCUCAGCUCGCUGCUGGCCCGCAAUCCGGGUAUGCCACGCUCGAUUCGGUACGCGUGGUCCUCAACGAGGGACGGAAGAUUGGAUUAGCUGCCGACGUCAGGUACGCGAUAUGGGGUUAUUCUGAAGGCUCAUUGGCUGGCGGUUCGGCUGCAGAGUUGCAACCGCCAUACGCGCCAGAGUUGCACUUCACGGGGGCCGCCUUGGGCAGUAUCAUUGUCAAUAUCACCUCAGUCGUAGAAUCGAUUAAUGGAGGUAUAUUCUCGGGUCGCUUAUUUAGAGGCUUCUACGGUCUUGCCAAGACCUAUCAGAAUCUCACAGCGUGGAUGGAUGAGAAUGUGCUGCCUGACAAAAGGGCCGAGUUUUUCAAGCAUGCUACAAAUUGCCAGAUCCAGGGAAUAGAUGGAGCAUUCCAUGAUAUUUUCUCCUAUUUCAUUGAUGGCGAGAGGCCCAUUUAUGAGCCCGUCCCCGCAUCCGUGCUUGACUGGUCUGGGCAGAUGGGCCGUCGCGGAAUGCCGACCAUGCCGCUGUUCAUGUAUAAAGCGUUCGGGGACGAGAUAAGCCCUGUUGAAGACACUGACAAGCUGGUACAUAAAUAUUGUAGUAACCGGGCCACCAUUGAGUACUAUCGAAAUUUGAUAGGGGGGCACGUCACUGAAGCCAUCAUCGGAUCUGUAAACGCUUUAGAAUGGGUUUCAGAUCACCUGGCUGGGAGACCUGUGCGGAAUCUGGGAUCUUGCAGGACAGAGAAUGUACUCAUAACAAAGAUUUGA